GGAUAAUGUUAGCAGUCGUCUAUAAAUAAACAUAGUAAGUGAAGCUGUAGUCAGCUGCAGAGGAGACACACAUCCAGCAGGAAGAUGCUGGUUCUCACAACGUGUAUGUUACUGGCGACGUCAACCUUGGCGGCUGACUUCGCUCCUUACACCGGCCAACAGGCUCAUCGCAGGCCACACAAUUAUGCCGCCUCCGGAGCAGUCUACCCAAUGGACUACAAUGACGACUUAUACAUCAACAAUCCAUUGAUCAAACCGGGAUCCAAUAUUAUUUACAACUUUGAACAAACCAGAAGAGAUCAGCCGCCUCAAGUAGAAAUGAGAGAAGAGGAUGUGGGCAGAUACAUGUACAGAAGACCGAAACAUACUACUACUACUACUACCACAACUACCACCACAACCACACCCGUUCCUGAGCCAACAACAGAAGAGAUCCCUGAGGAGGUCCCUGAAGAAUUCCCUGUCGAAGUUCCUGAGCAAAGUCCGAUAUACAUUCCGGGUUACCAAAGACACUUUCAACAGCAAGCUUACCCUGAAGAAAAAAUAUGGCGUCAACCACCUGAAACCAAACCUUUGACAACCCUAAGAAGGCGUAACCAAAAUAUCCCCACACUUGAUGAUUUUCCAGUAGAACUUCCCGAUUCAAGUAAAAUCAAUCCAGCAUCCCGGUACCCGCCAAUUAACCUUUGGCAACCGCGCGUCACUUCUACUCCAGUACCACCUCCUCUGCCAAAAUGGGACGACUUUUCCGAGAAACUCACUCUCCGACCCCGCUCAGAACAACGUUCUGAACUUAGACGUAACAGUUUCCAAACUCAGCCAUCAGUUCCUGCAGAACCAUCGAACCAAUGGUCCGAGAUGUCGGGGCGCUCGGCGCCAAUGUCUUUCUCAGGCAACACGCCACGCAGCUCCAAUAGGGGAAGUCACAGAUUUAGCUGGGAUGACUUGAAGCUGGAGGCCCCCGCCCCACCACCAACACCAAAGGUCCCAGCGCCUGUGGCGCCCGCAGCGUUGAACAGAAACGGACCACCACCACCAAUUCCGACGUUGACUCCAUGGGCUGGAGACAGCUUUUAAAAAUGUGGAUGUACUUAGUAAUAAAUAAAAUACACUGGCAUUCAAAACUAAA